CUGGUGUGCUUUGAAGGACGGCGUUCAAGAAGACCAGUUUUCUUUGAAGUCUCCUUUUGCGCAAGUGAAGCAGAUGUUAUUUACACUUUUUUUAGAUAUGCACGAGCACUAGGUGCUAUGUAUCUGCGACUUACAUUUACUUCUGUGGAGAUUUACAAGUAUUUGGAACCGUUGUUCAAUGACUACAGAAAACUCCGAUAUAUGAACAAGCUAGGAAGAUUCGAGUUGGUUUACAUGGAUGAGUUCAUUGAUAAUCUUCUGCGGGAAGAACGAUAUUGUGACAUUCAACUUCCUCGCUUACAGAAGCGGCAAGCACUAGAAGAAGCUGGUGAACUAGAGCCGUACAGAAGUAUCCUCGAUGAAGACUUAGACGCUUUGAGCGCAUCUGACAGUGAGGAUGAAAGAGAAAGGAAAGCGAAGAAGAAGGAGAAACCACGUUUGAUAUCGAGAAGACGAAGCCGCAGUAGAGAUCGUUCACGAGAGCGCGAGAGAAUUAGAGAAAAGCCGAAGGAACGUGAACGCGAACGCGAGCGCGAGGUAGAGAAAAGGAGAGAACGGUCCAGGGAACGUGAUAGGGAUCGUGACAGAGAUAGAGAUCGUCAUGAAAGAGAUCGUCAUGAUAAAGACCGAGACCGCCGUAGGGAGAGGUCACGAGAUCGUGAUCGUGACCGUGACAGAGAUCGGGACAGAAGAGAUCGUGAUCGUCCACGUCGUGAUGAACGAGAUCGCGAUGAUAGAGAUCACCAUAGAAGCAGGAAAGGUGGCAGGGACGAUGAUGAACGAGAAAUCGAAGAAGCAAAUGCCCUUAGGGCGAAGCUUGGGCUCAAUCCACUUGAACGAUAA